AUGAAAUCCGAUGAAAACAUUUCCGGUAGAUCGAGCCAAUUAUCUUCAUUUUCGGAUACGAAAAGUACUGAAACGACAAAAAGUGAAUUAAUUCAACGUAUUCUCUAUUCUUUUAAACCUACAAUAAACUUACAAUGCUCGUUGGAUAAUACAACCGAUGGAUCUCUAUCAUCGAUUAAUGAAAGAAUCAUUCCAUGUCAAUCAUUAAAUCUUUCGAAUCAAAUUUAUAUUCAUUUUAAAGAUGCAAAUGAAUUAGGUUUAAAACCUCAUACAAAUGAUUUACUUGAAAGAAUUAACUAUGCAAAUAAAUGUACAUGUCAUCGAAUUGAAAUUAAUUUUAAUAAUCAUAUUCUCAAUCAAGAACUAUCCUAUAAACAAAAACAAUCAAUAUUACGUAUUGUUUUACGUCGACAGCAAAUUUUUGAUCAAUAUUUUUCUCAGACAUCUGCGUAA